GUAAUACCUAACCUAGAAUUUAUAUUUAUGUGUCAUCAAAAUCAAAAUAAACUUUGCUUGGGGUGGAGUCGCUUCUCAUUGAGAAAACUUUAAUUUUCAGGACUUUUCCAGAGAUUAAAUCUACGUUUUUUAAAAAGGAACUUCUUCUGGUUGUUAGUUGCAGCAAAAACCCCCUUUAUAAAAGUUUGAAUGUUUUCAGUUUUACAAAACAAAUAAAAAUGUGGAAAGCGGCAACAGGCCAAAAUAUCGUAAUCAGCCAAAACACGGAAGACGAUGAAUGGGAAACUGACCCCGAUUUUAUCAACGACGUUGACGAGCAACAACAAAGAUGGGGCUCUACUACUGUGGAGGGUUCUGGGAGAACUGCUGGAGCUAUAGAUAUGGCAAAAUUAAGGCGUGAAACUGAAGAAUCCGACACCCAAAAGAAAAAGAAGGCCCUGGAAGAGGGCCUAGAUAAUCCAUCUAUUGGAUACGGUGGUAAAUUUGGUGUCCAAAAAGAUAGAAUGGAUGCCUCAGCAGUGGGGCACGAGUAUGUUGGAAAAGUGGAAAAACAUGCCUCGCAAAAGGAUUAUUCUGCAGGGUUUGGUGGAAAAUUUGGUGUCCAAAGUGAUAGAGUAGAUAAAUGUGCCCUAAGUUGGGACCAUAAAGAAAAACUACAAAAGCACGCCUCCCAAAAGGAUUAUUCUCAAGGUUUCGGUGGUAAAUUCGGGCUCCAAACUGAUAGAGUCGAUAAGAGUGCUGUAAGUUGGGACCAUAAGGAAAAACUUCAAAAACACGCUUCUCAAAAGGACUAUGUGACUGGUUUUGGGGGGAAAUUUGGUGUGCAAAGCGACAGGCAAGAUAAAUCAGCAGUUGGAUGGGAUCACAUUGAAAAAGUUGAAAAACAUGAGUCUCAAAAAGAUUAUGUUAAAGGUUUUGGUGGUAAAUUCGGGGUACAAUCUGAUCGUCAAGACAAAUCCGCCCUGGGCUGGGACCAUCACGAAGCACCGCAAAAGCACGAAAGUCAAACUGACCACAAAAUCGGCUUCGGUGGUAAAUUUGGCCUGCAAACCGACAGAGUGGAUAAAUCAGCUGCCAACUUUGAUGAACCCACCAAAAUCGGAACGAAUUAUGUUAAAGUCAAACCGGAUAUUGGAGGUGCUAAACCAUCAGAUUUGAGAGCAAAAUUUGAAAAUAUGGGUUCAAAAGACAGUCAAGUAACUUCACAAACAAAUGUCGCCCCUAAAAAAACAGUCCACGCUAGAGCAGCCCUAUUUUCACAAACCAGCCAAGAAGCACCAACCUCGCCCAUUCCAGAGAAACACUCUUCAAUCCCUAAGCAACUGGAUUCGUCAAAAACAGCCUUUUUGCAUCAAACAUCUGACACAAAAACCAGCGACAAAAUUGCCCCACAAAAACUGAAUCUUGCUCAGUUCAGCUCAACUCAAAACGAACCAGAUCCAGGUUCAAAUAGUGCAAUAAAAGAGGAACUAGAGUUGCUGAAGCAAUUGCAAAAACAAAAACCAGAUGAACCGGCUCAACCAGCUGAGGAAAUUUAUGAAAACUACGAAGAUGUGCAACCUCCUGCUGAAUUUGUACAUCACGCGGUGCCUGUUCAGAUAGUACCGGACCAAGAACCGGUGGUGGCUGCACCACAACCUCAAGAACCCGAGUACUACAGUCAAGAUGAAAUUGUGGAUACAGGAGUUACUGCGGUUGCUUUGUAUGAUUACCAAGCGGCUGCUGAAGAUGAAGUUUCAUUUGAUCCUGAUGAUGUUAUAACUCACAUUGAAAAGAUUGAUGAAGGUUGGUGGAGAGGGCUUUGUAAAGGCAAAUAUGGUUUAUUUCCAGCCAAUUAUGUGCAGUGCAAUGAAAUAUAAUCAAUUCAAUGUAUAAAUUGAUAAAAAAAAGUUCUUCCUUUUUUUGAGUUGACGCACAAUUAUUAUUUUUUUAUCAAGUAUUAUUUUAUUACGGAUAAGCUUUAUUACAGAUGUAUACAUUUAUAUUGAUAUUGUACAAAAAAAAUAAACGUUUGUAUAUUUAA